AGUGUCCUCAUCUAUAUAGGCCUAUGCUAAACAAAGUGUCAACAAUCAAGGGGUCUAUAUAUUAAUAAUACUGCUUUCCUAUGAGGUCUAAACCAGGUAGUUGGUUGUAACUCCACUUUAAGUAACUAGCAAGAGAAUUGAGGACUUUCUCUAUUAUGGCUACGGCGCAAAAACCUAGGCAUCGACGCAAAAAGGUUAGUCCACAGGAUGAAGAUGGCGAGAGGCCAGUGUCGUCUUUAUCGCAAGGAUGGACUUCGGAGGAAGGUACUGAUACGCAGACACGAGGUCCUUCACCGCAGCCCUCUAUAACACUAUCAGCAGGCGAUAAUGUGUCAAUGAAGAAAGCAGGCAGUUUUGUGUCUGUCAAAGAAGCUGCCGAAAAUGACAAAGUUUUAAAUGUAGAUAAAGUUGAGGAAGAGUUGAAAGAUCUAAAAAAUGUAGAUAAAGAACCUGCUACAGACCAAAACCGCUCCUUGUUGUCUGUGAAUGGAAGGAGGAGCACUGAACCACCUCAACGGCCAGCUUCAUCAUCAAGUGGCAGAUAUAGUGCAGACUCUGGCAAAAAGAUUCCAUCCAAUGUUGUGGUGCCCAUUGAUGGGGAUGUUGUUCCUGGCAAGCCAGAGCCAACCCAAGCUUGGAGUGAAUCCAGUAUGGUUGAUCUAAAUAACACUUCGUCUCAACCAAACCUGCGGCCCCAGACGGCCGACGGUCAAAAGGGACAUAAGGAGCGAACACGCAGCCCCGGACAGGGGACCCACACAGGCAGCGUUCCCAGCAUGCAUACUGUCAUCAGUAUUGAAGAAGCUAAGCCUAAAGACAGAAUUGAUGUAUUUGGGGAGGGAACUAGUGGUGCUGUGAUGUGGACAAAGAACCAGGAGGACACAAAGAGUCUUGUAUCCACAACAUCUUCUGUGCGAAUACCACCACCACAGCUGGAAAAUGAGCAACAAGCGUAUGUACCCUUCCUUUACGCACGAGACUCCUUAGAAAAGGUAAUGAUGGAUAUGAAGAAAAUGAAGGCAAACCAUAUCAAGAUUGUCUCCGACAUCCAAGAUUCCUACCGUGCAAUCGAAAAUGAGACGCAGGCCCAGUUUAAUGUAUUUGUGGUUGGACUCCGCACUGACUAUCGUGGUAAGGUGAAAACAUUCCGUCAAGUAAUUGAGGUUCAUCGUGAAGAGCUAACAAGCCUCCAGAAAUACUGGCAAGAAACACUCCAAGAAGCUGCAAUGCACCAGGCUAGAUUCAACACACUUCACCUCCAGUACUUGGCAAUUGCUCAAGCUACUGUAGAAAACAAAGAUAAAAUAGAUGAAGGAAUUGUAGCAGCUGAGAUGGACAAGAAAAUAAUGGACAAUGAGCAACAAGAAUUAAAAGAUGACAUAAAGAAAUGGGAAAAAGAGUUCAAAGAAAGGAAUGGCAGAGAACCUACUGAAGAGGACAAACCUGAUAGUGUUCAUGAACUAGAGACCCAGCUUCAUGAAGUUGAGAUAAAACAGAAAGAGCUGGAAGGGAAGAAAGAGACACUGGUAAUGCUGAAAGAAGGCAAUAUACCAGAGGUCAAGGAGGCUGACAUCCCGGAGCCCAUUGUCAAAACUGUUGAGGUCACAGUGCCUGACCCAGUCACUGUCGCUGCACUUGCUGCAAGCCAGGCAAAAGUUAAAGACCUUGAGGACAAGUUGAGAGUGCUUGCCAAAACCGUUGAAGGAAAGGACGUGCUGAUAGGAAAGCUACAAAAGGAACUGAAGAAUCAAAAAAAUUCUGACGGUGGAAGUGAAAAAGUUGAUCCAAAUUUGAAAAUUAUUCUCCAAGCUGUGGUCAAACAUACUCAAUCAAUUCAUCAAGAUAAUGGACCCGCUAAAAACCAAGUGUCUGCCAGACUGAUUGAAGCAGAAAGGGAGAAAGCAGGACAUGUAAUGGCUAAGGAAGACGUACAGGGACAAAUUGACUCCUGGGAGAAGGCAUAUGAAAGCGAGCAUGGUAUUGGGCCUACAGAAGCUGAUAGGGAUGAAACUGCCAAAAAACUAUAUGCCAAUUUGGAAACUAGCAAUCAAGCUUACAUGGAAAAUGAAGUCGACAUUACUGCCUUGAACAUGAUACAAACAGGGGUAAUUCCAGACAAGUUCGGUGGUAUGAUGGCAAUAUCAUUUCGUGGCGGCACUGCAAAUCAAAAAGAACUGGACGAGCUGAACGAGAAAAAUGCUGACCUUGAGAAGGAGAUUGAAGAGAUGAAAGAGAAACUGGAGGAGAUGCAGAAGGCAUCGGAUCAAUCUGGGGGUGGCAUUUCUCUUGCAAUCACUUCUGGGAUCGAUGAUGAUGAUGAUGAUGUAGAGGGAUUCAAUGCUCAGCUCGGAGAUUUGCAGCAACAGGUCGACAAGGCUGACAAAGAACUCCAGCAGGAGAAGGAAUCUCAUGAAAAAACAAGAAAUGAACUGGAUGAUCUGAAAAUGGAACUGGAGAAAUUGAAACAAGAACAGAAAGAUAUGGAGACAGAGUAUGAUGGCAAAAUGAAGGCAGCCACUGCUGCUCUUGCUGCAAAAUUAGAACUGAAGAAUAAGUCACUGGAUGAGAGUAAGCAACGUAUUGAAGAGCUGGAGAAAGAAAAGUUGAGUACUCUACCACCAGAUGCUGCGAAGGAAAUCCAGCUCCUACAGGCUAAACUUGCAAAAUCUGACAAAGAUAUGGAAGAGCUGCAGAAGUCAAGUAUCGGUGGCAAUGCAGAGGUUAAAAAUAUUAAGCUGGAGAUGGCAACUUUAAGUCAGACUCUUGCUAAAGAAAGAGAAAUCAACCGAGGUCACCAGGAGAAUCUGAAGAAAAAGAUGGCAGAGAAAGAUAAACAGAUGAAAGAGCAGCAGAUAGCAAUAGAGAAGAAAUACCAGCAGAGGGAGGAUGAGAACAAGAAACAACUGAAGGCACUGGAGAAGAAAGUAAAGGAGUUAUCAGCAGCGGGUGCAGUUAAAGCUGGUGCUAAGGGUGGCAAGGGUGCUAAUGCUGGAGCUGUUGAUGCAAAAACAGAGAAGAAAUUGAAGUUACUGCAAGACCAAAUUGCAACACUGAAGAAGAAGUCUCAGGAAGAUCAAGCCAAAAUUAAAGAGCUGACAGAUCAGUUAAAGGAAGCAAAAUCUGAUGCAUUUGGAGAUAAACAAGCUGGAAAGAAGCAAGAGAAAGCACUGAAGGAUUUGGAGAAAAAGUUAGAAAUGGAGACGAAAAAGUUUGAACGAGAAUUAAAGAAGGCGACAGAGUUGGAAGCAGAGCUAAAAACUACAAAGAAGGAACUUGAAACAUCUUCAGAAGAAGUGAAGAAGCUGACAGCACAGAUCGCUGCCCUCGGGGUUGCUGCCCAGGAAGCUGUUGAACUAAAAGAGAAAGCAGACAAGUUUGAGAAAGAAGUAAAGGAUUUGCAAGCAGAAAUUAAACAACUCUCUGAAAACUAUAACAGCGAAAGGGUUUUGCGCAAGAAGUACUACAACAUGGUGGAAGACAUGAAGGGUAAAAUCAGGGUAUAUUGCCGUUCUCGUCCUCUCAGCGGAUCUGAAAAAGAAAGAGGAAAUACUGUUAUUGUGAAUGCUCCGGAUGAGUACACUAUUGCAGUAAAAAGCUCACGUGGAGUCAAGGAAUUCCAGUUCGAUCAUGUAUUUAUGGCAGAAAAUACACAAGAAGAUGUCUUUGAAGAUACAAAUAAUUUGGUCCAGUCAGCUGUUGACGGUUACAAUGUGUGUAUAUUUGCAUAUGGUCAGACAGGAUCUGGUAAAACGUUUACAAUGAUUGGGGAUCGAGAGCAAAAAUUCCCAGGAAUUGCACCAAGGGCUUUCCAGAAAAUUUUCGAUGUCAUUGAAGAGAACAAGUCAAAGUUCUCUUUCAAAGUAUACACCUAUAUGUUGGAGUUGUACAAUGAUAAAUUGAUUGACUUAUACGCCAAUGGAAAAGAGUCAAAGCUUGAUAUUAAGAAGGACAAGAAAGGGAUGGUUGUUGUGACUGGAUCUGUAAUGCUUGAAGCCUCUAAUAACAAGGAGCUGUAUGGUUUGUUUGAGCAGGGUUCUGCCAACCGACAUGUUGCUUCAACAAAGAUGAAUGCUGAAAGUUCUCGUUCUCAUUUGGUUCUGGCAAUCGUUAUUGAGAGUACAAACUUAUCAACUGGUACCGUGGUUAAAGGCAAAUUGAGUUUGGUAGAUUUGGCUGGAAGUGAGAGAGCAGCAAAAACAGGAGCAACAGCAGAACAACUGAAGGAAGCAAACUCCAUCAACAAGUCACUCAGUGCUCUUGGUGACGUCAUCUCGGCCCUUUCCAGUGAGCAGUCAUUCAUCCCAUACCGUAACAAUAAGUUGACCCUUCUCAUGCAGGACUCACUUGGUGGCAAUGCUAAAACACUUAUGUUCGUCAAUAUCUCCCCUGCCGAUUAUAAUGCUGAUGAGACUGUUGUCUCAUUGACGUAUGCAUCACGUGUGAAGUUAAUUACAAAUGACGCUUCCAAAAACGCAGACAACAAAGAAAUUGCUCGCCUAAAGGAAGUUAUCACUAAACUGAAGAAUGGAGAAACGGUAGCUGAAGAAGAUACAUAAGUUAGACAGCUUUCACCUGCAAAUGAGUUGCAAAAACUUUUUAACACACAACAAAUUGGCUAUCAAAAAUCAGUGGCUAUGGGGUGAUUUUUUUAAAUUUUUUAUACUUGGUGCAGUCUUAGUUAAGACAGUUUUAUGGCAGUGGUCUUACAGAGGUAAGACCGUCUAUAUGAUAAAACUGGCUUUAAUAACUACCUGUUUAAGACUGUUUUAUAGAAGUUCACCCUUGUUAUAAGUUAAGUAUCACCUGCUUCUGACAAAAGCGUUUUUGGAGACCAAAAAUGUCAGUUCACUUCUAGUAUUAUAAACUGCUGAUGUUGUCAUUGAUGUAGGAAUUGCUUUAUAAGGUAAAAUGACGUCAUCCUUUUAGGAUGUAAAACAAAGUAGAUAUUUGUAUGCAUAUUUAGAAAGUGCUUAAUACCCGGUCACAUAAAACAAAAUGUUACAACAGGAUUCAUGCUAAAUGUUACUUGGAAAGUCUCUAUAAGUCUCCAAGAUAUUCCUACCAAGAACACUGUCAUUUUCGCACGAGCAGAUUAAAAUUGACAUGCCUUAUUUGAGUGCGCAUUUAACUAGGAGUUCAGUUGCAUAAGACUGAAACAAACUUCAAAGAAUGCGAUACAAGCCAUUGUAAUUCUGUAUUUCCAACUUUCUUUGAAAUGUUGUUAUGGAUGUACAUUCAUUAUGGCUUGUAUUACAGUACAUUCGUUGGAGUUUGUGAGCAUGCAUACAUAUUCAUGCAAAAAUGUUAGAAGUGUUACAGACUUCUGUGUGUUACAGGACGCAAGCUAGUUGACAUGUCUGCAUUCCCACAGACACGAUAUAGCAGGAAGUGGCGUUCUAAGUGUCUCAAGUAGCAUUUGUCUUGUGUGAAUCGGGAUAUAAGAUGCAUUAUUAUGUUAGUAGUAAUAAUGAUACUUGAAUCCGUCCAUGUUGAGCUUUGUAUAUAAACAUUUUAAGCACUACAUAAAAAAUAUGUUUAUAUAAUUAUAUUUUAUUAGUACAAUUCAUAAAAAGCAUAUAUUACACAGACACUUUAAUUGACAAAAAAAAUUGUUUAGAGAGAAUGAUAAAUAAAUGAUUAAAUGACAAUUACUUGGAAUGAACAGUGGAAGAUGGCUCUGGAAAAAAUGAACUUUUUAAACUGGUCUUAGAACAUUCAUUCCAUCAUGAAAUAUUUGCAAUAAAAUAAGAUGUUUAAUCAAUACAUAGAUUAAGUUAAUUGUAAAUCAAAACGUGUUUUCUAGUUCAAUAUUAAUAUAUCACCUUGAACAAUUGGAAAAAAUAUUCAUAAAUUAUUUUUGUAAUAAUUUGAAAAUCAUUCAGUGUAAACUUUUUAGAGGUCACCUUGAGCUUAGAUAAUGUUGUAAAUUAUUAUUAUUAUUAUUAUUAUUUCAAUAUUUAAAUUAUUUUUAGUAAGUCGUAGCAAAGUACUUUAUUUAAUGCAGUUUUGGAGGUGAUAAAGAAAAUAUAAGCAUUUUAUUAAAUAAAUUGCAAUUAAGCAAAACUCUGGUUUUUUUUUAUUAUGGUAUUAUAUUUGUAAUUAUAGAUAUUUCUUUAAAUUGUGAACAUUCCAAGAUUGUCCUCCAUGUCCAUUUAUUUAGAUUUAUUAAAUUAUUUCAAUAUGGAUGCAAAA